CGAAAAAAAGACUCGCCCAAUUGCCAAAAUCCAAUGUAAAAGGGCCAGAGCUGGCAGAGAUUCCUAUUCCCCAACACCAUAGGUAGUGAAGAAUAGAAAUGAACAGCAACGGCAACGGCAGGAGGCGGAGGAGAGAAGCGGCGACGGUGCAGGAUGGGGAAAGGGGUUUGAUUUGGAAACUCCCGCGGCUUAAACUCCAGGAUGUGGGCAAGGUUGGCCCUGCUUUUGGACUCGGCGCUGGCUGUGGUCUCGGCCUCGGCCUCGGCCUUAUUGGAGGUGCGGGCUUUGGUCCUGGAAUUCCUGGCUUGCAAGUUGGUUUUGGUUUUGGUGCUGGAUGUGGGAUUGGUUUAGGAUUUGGCUAUGGUGUUGGGAGGGGCAUCGCUUAUGGUGAGCAUCAUACAUAUUCUAACGUUGGAAGGCUGUUUGGCCACCGGCAUCUUCCUGUGCAGGAUGAAAUUGGUGCUCUUAUUGAUGAGCUUGUGAUCAAUACCAAGAAGCUAGCCGUAGCAGCUUCAAGGGAAAUGGACAAGUGGAGAAGAUGAAUUGAAGUUGUCUUUGAUGUAUGAUGUCAGUGAUUAAAAGGACUCAUUUUGGUUGCAUAAAAGCGUGUAUGGAUGAAAUUCACCUUCUAACCUGCUAGCACAGUUAUACACCAUUUUUGUAUAUGUAAGGUUUAAUGUUCCCUAUAUAUAUAUGUGUAUUUGGGAACAUAAGCAAUCUAUAUAUGUGUAUGUUCUCUGAAUAUGUGUUUUUGGGUGCAUAAGUAAACUAUGUAUUUACUUACCAUAUUUUUAAACAAUUUAAUAUUUAUUUUGG